GGGGCGGCAGGCGGCGCGGGCUGCGGCUGCUCCCGCCGCGGGGCGCGGAGCGGGGCGGCCGCGGGGAGCACCCACCCCCGCGGCGGCGGCGCGGAGCUCAGGGCCGCGGCGAGGAGUGGAAACAAUUUCUCGCUCUUCGGCUCGCACCGAGGCGGACCGCUGCCCGUCGGGAGCGCGGGGCGGGCGGCGGCCGGGCCCCAUGCUGGCGGCGGUGCCCGCUGCGCCGGGACCCCCGCGGCACCCUCGGGACUCGGCCUGAGGCGGGGGGCGCGCGAUGCCCGGCUCCGUCAGAUGAAAGUUUGCGCCACAGCCAUGAGGGGACCGCGGUGAAACCACCGCCCCCCGCCAGGAAUUGCUGUCUAAAUGGGUCCAGUCAUGCCUCCCAGUAAGAAGCCAGAGGGCUCAGGAAUUAGCGUUCCCAGUGGACUGAGCCAACGUUACCAAGAUAGUGAUUUAUCAAAGGCACUUCACGAUGACGAGGACCUAGAUUUCUCUUUGCCUGCCAUCAGAUUAGAUAAAGGGGCCAUGGAAGAUGAAGAACUAACUAAUUUGAACUGGUUACACGAGAGCAAGAACUUGCUGAAAAGCUUUGGGGACUCGGUGUUACGGAGUGUUAGCCCCGUUCAGGACAUUGGUGAUGACACGCCACCGUCUCCUGCCCACUCUGACAUGCCCUAUGAUGCCAAGCAGAACCCCAACUGCAAACCUCCUUAUUCCUUUAGCUGCCUCAUAUUUAUGGCCAUUGAGGACUCGCCAACCAAAAGACUGCCUGUAAAGGAUAUAUACAACUGGAUCUUGGAACACUUUCCGUAUUUUGCAAACGCACCCACUGGAUGGAAAAAUUCUGUGAGACAUAACCUGUCCUUGAAUAAGUGUUUUAAGAAAGUGGACAAAGACAGAAGUCAGAGUAUUGGAAAGGGGUCCUUGUGGUGUAUAGACCCAGAAUAUAGACAAAAUCUUAUUCAGGCUUUGAAAAAGACACCCUAUCACCCAUACUCGCAUGUGUUCAAUACACCUCCCACAUCUCCUCAGGCAUAUCAAAGCACAUCAGGUCCACCCAUUUGGCCAGGAAGCACCUUCUUCAAGAGAAAUGGAGCCCUUCUACAAGAUCCUGACAUUGAUGCUGCCACUGCCAUGAUGCUUUUGAAUACUCCCCCUGAGAUACAAGCAGGUUUUCCUCCGGGAGUGAUACAAAAUGGAGCUCGAGUUCUGAGUAGAGGAAUAUUUCCUGGAGCCAGGCCAUUGCCAAUCAACCCUAUAGGGAGCAUGGCUGUUGCAGUGAGAACUGGUUGGAAAUCUUUCAAAAUGAAUGGAAUAACCAACUGCCGGAUGCGGACAGAAAGCGAGCAGUCCUGCGGCUCUCCGGUUGUCAGCGGUGACCCGAAGGAGGAUCACAACUACAGCAGUGCCAAAUCUUCCAACCACAGGAGCACAUCACCUGCCAGUGACUCCGUUUCCUCCUCUUCUGCUGACGACCAGUAUGAAUUUGCAACGAAAGGCAGCCAAGACAGCAGUGAAGGAAGUGAAGUUAGCUUCCAGAGCCACGAGAGCCAUAGUGAGACAGAAGAGGAGGACAAAAAGCAGAAUCGGAAGGAGACCAAGGAUUCUUUAGCUGACAGUGGUUAUGCGUCCCAGCACAAGAAAAGGCAACAUUUGAUGAAGGCGAAAAAAGUACCAAGUGACACACUGCCUCUUAAAAAGAGACGUACGGAAAAGCCCCCUGAGAGUGAUGAUGAGGAGAUGAAAGAAGCGGCGGGAUCACUCCUGCAUUUAGCAGGAAUCCGAUCCUGUUUGAACAACAUCACCAAUCGGACGGCAAAGGGGCAGAAAGAGCAAAAGGAAACCACAAAAAAUUAGAACAAAUCAAUGAUUUGUUUGAACUUACAAAGUUUUGUUUCAGCACGUCAGGUGAAUUCUAAUAAUUUGUGGCAAUAUCAGCAAUUUUUUCCUUUUUUGUUUUUCUUUCUAUUUGUUUUUGUUUUGUUUCUUUCUUUUUUUCUUUUUUUUUUUUUUUGACCCUUAAGAUUUUUAUUUUUAAAGGAGAUUGAAGCCAUAGAACUCAUACUGACACUCAGCUAAUUUACAAAAGCUUUUCAUUACCUGAAGACAAAAAGUUAACAAAAAAAAAAAGCCAAAAUCGCCAUUGCUUUCUCCGGCCUAUCAAAAAUGCAUGGUUGAAUACGCAGUGACAUCAAAUUGGGCAUUUGGAAAUCCCUCUUAUACUAGAAGAGCUGUGCAUAAUUUAGUAAUCAUUCAGGCCUGGCCCUUAAGAAUUGUUUUUAAUGGCCUUAUAAUUGGGUUAGAAGUGAAUGUGAAUAAAGAGAUUUGGGGAAAGAGGAGGCACGUACUUCUCAGCACCAAACCAAGAACCAUCUAGUGGCACUUGGAUACGUUGUGCCAUAGAAGUCUUUGAACGGCCACUGGUGGCAACCGCGCAAACAGUAACGCACUUGUAGUGCUUCAUGUACUAUUAUAUGUGGCUUAUAAUGUGAAGACCGAUAACUUUAAGUUUGGGGAAGUUUGAACUAUGUAUGCAAUGGGUUUCAAUGAAAUAACAAGAAGAAAUGGGAGGGGGGCACUGUUAGUAGCAUCGUUAAUCAUUGAAUUCUGUCUUCUAUAUUAAAUUAAUAGAAUGUUCAAAAAGCCAUAAGCCCGAAGAUUGGCACCGCGUGCAAAAAAUAAUAGUCAUAGGGAAAAACAAGCUAUGUCUUCUAAACUGCCUGAGUGAAAAGCAAUCAAGUCUAAGAAAUUACAACAGAUACUAACGAAAUACACCAGAAUCUUUUUCUGUGGAUCAAAUCCGUGAUCUAACUGGGGAAACAAAGCUACAAAACCUGCCAUUAAUAGUGUUCUGUAUUUAAAAGUAAAAGGAAAGGGUAUUGGUGAGCAGUAAAAUUCAGAAGUUCAAGACAAGAGCUCUUAGACUGCCCUCAGUAGUGAGUGUGCAGUCACUGCCAGCCAGGACUCGUCUGUGCAAAAACGACAGCAGAUUUCCAGAUUCAACCAGCGUAGCCAGCAGAAGAAACUUGAUCCACAUUUCAUGGAUUCCUUUUGGGAGGGGGAGAAUACAAAAAGCAAACAAUUUUUUUAAUUCAAAGAUGACAAAGUUCUUGUAAGGUAAAUAAUGUAUUUAGCAUGAAGCAUGAAUUAUUUUCAUAUAAAUAUAGAAAAUAGAGAAAAAGGCUAUGCCUCUAAUUUUUAAGCCCUUAGGCUUAGAGUUUGUUUUUUUGGGUUUCAUUUUUUUGUUUGUUUUGUUUUGGUUUUGGUUCUUUUUUGUUGUUGUUGGGGUUUUUUUGAAGCAGGUGUUUAAGGUUUAACCUUCUUCAGGGACAAACACUGACUGUUGGGGAACUUACUCUGCAAUAUUAAAAAAUAAAAUCUUCAUGCUCUGGUAGGGCUUGGAUGGUUGAAUUAUACUGCCUUGUCUGCACAUUCAGCCCCUCUCUCCCUACUUCUGUUUAAAAAAAGAAAAAAAAAAAGAAAAAAAGUAUAAGUGUGUCCUUUCUUCGUCUGUACAUGUGUAACAUGACGCAAUAAUCUGAGGGCAAAUUUAGUAGUGAGUGUGUAUGACAGAAUCAAGAGAAUAACGGGAGGUUAAUUGAGGAGAACUCUCUGAUUUGAUUCAGGAAUAAGUAGACAAGAAAAUAGCUUUGCUAAUUUGCCAUGAGAAAAUGAAGUUAGUAAAGAGCCUUACUGAGGUGUCCAGAGACAAAAGUGUUACAGAGUGUGAUUCAGGUAUAGUGCUACUCUCCUGGUAAUGGCAACUGUUCAGUUGGAGAUCCCUACAGCAGAGGGAUGCUGUGAAAUAAAUAAGACAGUCUCUCUCACCUGGAUUCAUGAAUUUGGCAUAAGAGUUGUGUACUUAGAAUAUCCUAGAGACAAGAAGGAGAUCCCAGGAACUAACCACAGAAUGAAACGGUCUGUUUCCUAAAAAAGAAUGUAGGUUUGUGUUUAUCCCUAACAGCCAUUUCAGGCAGCAGUUUCACCAAGACGGAUCUAGUUUAUGAAGAGUGAGUUAGAGAAGGGUUUGAUUUCCUACUCAGUGGAGUGAACUAAAAAUGGCAUGUGGAGAUGCCUGUGGUGUGGAUUCAAUUAGGAGGUGGAAGGAUUGAAGGGGAUGCUGGUCCAGACCUGUUCUGUGCUGCGCAGGCAUUUUGUCAUGUAUAGAACGGGGCCACAGUGGGGGGGCAGCACAGCCAAACGUCGCCUCUCCUCCCGUCUCACCCAGCCUGUCCCGGAGCUGCCUGACAGCUGCUGGAGCCCAGCACAUCUGCCAGCUGUACAGGGAAGGACUGAGAGAGCCAAGGACAGUGCAGGGAACAGCCCUGAGUCCCCCUCAGUUUGCUGGGCUGAUGCAUGCAGGGCUGAUUCGCAGCUUUAGUUAAGUCGGGAGUACAUGGAUACUAACUUCUGUUGGGUUCCUGCAGCCCUUAAGAUCAAGUUGGGGAAGACGGGAAGGACCAGUCCCUUGGGCAAGUAGCGCAGAGGUGAGUGAGCCACAGCUUUUCCCUUGUGUGACUGGACUGGGUUAAUCGGCUUCUUCCCAGAUCCACACUCCCUACAGCCAGAGUCUGCAGGUGGUGAACCAUACACCCCCUGCACGUGAAGACUUGGUCCUUCAUCUUUUACAGACUUUGCAGAAAGCAAUUUAAAAUACUACGGUAUCAGUUUACCACCAUCGUUGCUCAUUAAUGCGUAGUUGUACCAGUUUGGGAGUGGUUUAAUAUUUAUCAAAAGGCAACAUUGAAAAGUCAAGUUUAGUGGCAGAAAAUACACUCAAACUGUGGCUCAGCCAUCUCUGUGCUCCAGAGGAAGCGAUGGGGUUGUGUGCCAGUGGCCAGAUUCUGUCCACAGUCAUGACACUAAUUCCAGAGCACUGGAUCAGCGUGUCAGUGCAAAUGAGACCAGGAUCUGCUGAACAACAAGUACCAUUCGUUACUGUGGACUCUUGGUGGCUAAAUAUAUAAUUACCACUAGUAUUCCUCACCUUAGAAAACAGUCAUUUUGCAUAAGUAUCUAAUUAGGCAGGUUAUCUUUAUAUAUAUAAACAUAUAUGAAAUAUAUCUAAGACUUCAACAAUUCCUUUAUAUACUUGCUGGUAAACCUAAAAUGUUGGCAAGCAUCUGUUUUCAUGUAAAACUUGUUGCUCCUAGUCUGAUCUGCUGAGGAGGUAUUAUUCAGGAGGAGUUUACAAAGUUAUGUUCAGGAACCAGCAGUUUGGCUGAGGGCUAAUGCCAUCAACAGAUUAUUUCUGGAAUUUAAAAACUACUUGUCCUUAUUAACCCUUACUCUGUGGAGGAGAAGUACAUCGUUUGGAUUUGUAUAAAAUAUUUAGGAGUCACCUUUUGAACUACUUUUGUGCCUGGCUGACAACAGCAGAAUUGGUUCUACUCCAUCGGAGUAGUUAUCUUUUUUAGAAGAAUUUAGACCGAUUGUUUUCCAAAAAAUACAAUGUCAGGCUUUCAAUCUAUUUGUCUCUACUUUGACUGAAUCAUGCCAGAACAGAGUGGUAAUUGCACUGUAUUAUGAACUCUCUCAGUUGCCAGACAUGAGGUGGUUUGGUUUUGCUUUGUUUGCUUUCCGUACUAAGCCAUUUGGGGGUGAGAAGUCAUCAAAUCUCCGACUUUCCAUUUUCCUUACUCUCUCAGUAUUGCCAAAUUAGCGUUUCCCCAAGACAGGUGAGGGCCAGGGGAAUCCCGGUAGGUCAGCAGGCAUUCAGUGGCAAGUUUCACGUAGGUGGGAACUGCAGUGGUCUCUGGACUUCACGGCGGGUUCCUUUGAAACGGGCCUGUUGCGGAAAGAAGCUCCUGCAGGCCAGAGUUGCUGCCACACGCAGGUUUCACCGGCGUCUGCAGGGAGGGGAAAUGUGCCGCUCGUGCUUGUGUUCUGCAAGCCAUCGGGUGUCCUACUGCGUUUUGAUGCAGAUUUUGCCUGCAUUUAAAAAUUCAGGUGCAGGUCUUGAACAGCUUUAAUGUCUCACCCCAUAGCUGUUUCUGAAAGCAGUUUGAUUCUGAUCUUGCCCUGGCAAAACCAGCAGUAGUUCUACCGAGAUCACAGGGUUCUACAGCUGAAAAGCCUGAUGUGGGGGUGAGGUGUGCCUUGUGGGACUAGAGAACCAUCCUGUGACUCUGUUCUCUUCUCCAUGGCAAUUUGCAUUGAGGUCUGUAUUACGGCUCCUCUGUUGCCUGAAGGGGAGAGGGGAAGCCCUGAGGAGUUGCACUGGCUCCCCGAGUUGGCCUGAAUUGCUGUCUACCUUUGGAAAAGAUACAGAGGAGCUCUGGGGGCUGCAUUCUUCACUGGAGUGAGGUAGAGUUACAUUAACGUACUUUAGCAGAGAAUGAAAUCCUAAAUCGUAUACCAAAUGGUACCAGGGAUAACCAAAACACGGCUUUGUCCCAUUUUCUUGGUGGCCGUAAUUGAUUUUCACUGAGAUUUUGGCUCCAAACGCAUCUACAGAUGUGGACAGAUGCAAUCUGAGGUUUUCUGGAACCUGGAGGUGUCUGAUCUCCGUUUCAGUCAGUGGAGCUAUAGACACCCACGUGCUCCUGGAAAUCUUUACUCUUUCACUGUUAUUAUUGCUACCAUUUUUCGUUGAAUCUAGCCCUAGGCAUUUCUGAGAGCAUUGCACUCCUGUGCUCCUGGAUCAGAAUAUAACUAUCGAAAGAAGGCGUUUUCAAUUUGAGAUGCAAUGCAAUUUACUUCACUUCAUGGAGAAUGCAAACCCAGCUCCUUCAGGUGUGUCACUACUGCCUGAAUAGCUCACUGGCAUAUUUUAUAAGGAAACAUUUUGAGAUGUUUUCUUGACUUUGCCGACGAAAGAGCAUUUGAACCGUACAUCCUCCUGAUUGUAAAAGAAUAUCAGUGUUGACCGUCUGACCAGUUAAGUUUUAGUAGUGUUCUUCACAGCCCUCCAGUAAUAUAUCAAACACUGUUAUGCACAUAAUGCAGCACUGUGAUCUAAUUUAAAUAAUACUUUUUUAUUAUUUAUACUACUCUAUGUAAUAUACAUCAACACUUUGCUAUAUAAUCUAAGUGAUAACCCUCUUCUUAGUUAUCUGCCAAACUCUGAAUUUCUGUUUGGUUUAUAUUGCAGUUAGCACAGUUUCCAAGUUGUAAUGAUGUCUCUUUUCCUUUCAAAUGGGAUGUGUAAGUCAAACUAUACUUUUUGUGUGUUUCUGUUUUGAGGUGGAGUUUAUCAGGAUUUACACACAACAUUCGGUGUUCUGUAUAAAUCUGCAUACAUUUGUGAAUUCAUCUGUUAAUCCCCUUUUAUUUAGAAACUAUUAAUUGAUGGUGGUUUAUUAGGGGUUUUUAUUUUUGCAUUUUAAUUUUUAGUACUGGUUAUUCUUGAAUUAAGCGGAGACUUGUCAGCUGGGUUGCUUUAUCUUUGAUCAUGUACAUGACCUUCUAAUUCUUCCACAGUUCAGCAAACAAGUACUAGCUUCACUGACCAAAAACAGUCUCAACCUAAUGUGUCUAUGGUGCUGUAUUUUGCUGGUGUACAUUUAAAACCAGAAAUGAUUUAAAGGUCACUUUUGAGUUCUAAUAAGUAGCCUUUCCUGGUUUGGGGAGUUUGGGUUUUGUUUUGUUUUAGCAUUGAAACAAGGUAUAUUUAUCUGAAGCUAUAUAGUGUUUUUUCUACUGUAUCACAUUUCCUUUUGCAAAGAGGGGGAAAUCAACCUGAUGUGACAUCCUUUCACAGUCAGUGGAAGGGAGUUUUGUGUCAGUUCUUUACUUUCAGUUGAUUUCGUUGGGCUUUGGAUCAGGCCAGCAGUUACGAGAGCUCAUCCUCUGAGGGUUUAAGGGACACAUGACAGCUUGUGCUGGCCCUUAGUGCUAGAACCGAUUUUAUUGGAUGCUAAAAUUACCUGCUGGAUUCUGGGAUGGCAUCAUCUAGAAAUGGGAAUCUUCUUUCUCUGUUUACUCUGGCCUGAAAUCCCAAGGCUUUCUUUUUUUCAUUCAGAUGACAUUGAACUUGAGAACAUUUUUAAGUUGCUAGAGCAUUGUACAUUUCCUGAGUAUGUGUGUGGGACAACAACCGAAAGUCAUAACCUGUAUUUGAUAACCAGUUCCAUGCCUGCAUCAUUCACACUCACUACUUAAAACUGCCAUGAUGUAAAAUGUUGGGGGGAAUGAUUUGUGUGUGAAAAGCAUUAUGGACUUGUACAUUUUUUUAUACUCUGAUCUGUAAGUUCUGAAAUAUUUUGUUUUACAGAAAAAAAAAAAAAAGUGAUAAAGCAAUCAAAAGACCAAGAGAUUUAGUAUCAGUGCUUAAGGUUCACAGGACCUUAACUGGCCAAUUAGUUAAUUUAGUACAGUGAUAAGCCAAUACUUUUCCUGUACUUGGCGUCUGAAACUGCCAAUUUCAUCAAUAUUAAAAUACGAACUGUGAUGGGGAAUGAACAGUGAUGUUAAGUUGUAUUUGUGUUUACCUAAAUGAGCAGUCCGAAGGCAAGUGCAAUCAGCUGAUCUUUAGGAAAUAUGAAAAUGUUGAUUUAGAGGCAUACUUGCAUUUUACAUUUUCUUGAUGUGUAAUCAUAUUGCCAAAGACAAACUAUUUCAUCAAUUAUUAUUGUAAAUAACACUUUCCCAAAACCUACCAUAAAGUUUCUGUGAUGUAUUGUCUUCCAGUUGCAAUAAAAAUUACUGAGUUGCAUCAAUUGAACAA